AUGGUCCGACCAUAUCCUGGGGAGGAUUUCCGCUUUAUGUAUCAUUGUGAGCAAAUGUACAGAUGUCAGAAUCAAAUCAAUUCUCGACCACGUUUUAUGUGGGUUCGAGAAAAAAAUGCACCUCACAGUUAUAACCUUUUUCUUCCAGAAUGUGGAAAACGAAUAAUUGACAAUGAGAUAGAAACAGGCACUCGCAUUAUAGGUGGCCAUGAUGCUCAGCCUGGAGCAUGGCCCUGGCAAGUUAGCCUUCAGUUUUACCGCUCUGGUGGAAGAUUUGUUCAUAUAUGUGCUGGAUCUUUAAUUAAUAGCUACUCAGUGCUGACAGCUGCACACUGCACUAGAAAGCGGACGAACCGAAAGCUCUGGAGGGCUGCAUUUGGUUACUAUCAUGUUUAUAGAUCGACACAAUAUACUAAAAGGAGCAAAAUUAAGGCUAUCAAGAUCCAUUUUGCCUACAACCAGGCCACCUAUGACAAUGAUAUUGCUCUGUUUCAACUAAGCAAGCCCAUCGAAUACAAUGAUUACAUUCAGCCCGUCUGCUUACCUCACUCUUCUCUUUCCCUGAGUGAAGAGACUGAAUGUUACAUAGCAGGGUGGGGAAUGAAAAAAGAGAAAGGUAAAGGCAGUUUUAUAUUACAAGAAGCUCAAGGAGACAGCGGUGGACCUCUAGUGUGCUAUGUCCAAGAUGAAAACAAGUUUUAUCAGAUAGGAAUCACAAGUCAUGGCUAUGGUUGUGGCCGACCAAGGUUUCCAGGAAUUUAUGUACGUUUAGCUAAGUACACAGGUUGGCUUCGUAGCAGAACUACCACUCUCUCCAUUCACCAUACUCUUACCUUUCUGCCUGUGUUGUGGGUCAUCUUCCAUUGUACUAAAACUACCCCAAACUAGUUUUUAAACAUACUGCUUUUUUAAACAUCUUGCAAAAUAUUAUUUUAAAAAAUCCUUAUUUUACACUAUAGUAGGGUUUAGAAUCUAUUAUUCUGUCCCCAGAGAUUCACAAGUAAAUAUGUCAUAAUUUUAAAAUGUAAACUGAAAGGUACUAUUAAAUGUUAUAUAUAUGUGUGUGUGUGUGUGUGCUCUAAAUUAUGUUAUAUUCUUCAGAAUGGAAUAAAAAGAAAAGACAUGGUUUAAAAAUGCAGUAAAAUUUGAUUAUCUGCUUUCUAAACGAUUACCUAUUUCCCUCCUAAUGUUUUAAUAUUAAAUAUUAAACAUAUUUUUAAUGGA